GAGCUGAUCCGCUCUGGCCGAAUCAGAGCAACCGCUGUCAUAAACUAUUAAAAAACCAUAGGUCACGAACAAUACAAGCAUGAUAACAUUAGUUUCUCCGUUACUUUAAUAUGGUGCUGUGACAGUAGACCUAACAUAGAAGUUUGAAGUAAGCUAAUUAUGGUAGCUUUGGGGAUAAUCUCGUAGUUAAACUCGACGCGCAUAUCUCCAAGCGUGGACAAAAACGAAAUCAUGACUGAAAAUGCAGACGUUGUUAACAUGGAGGAAAGCGGAUGGAAAGAGGUCGUAGUUAAAAAAAAUCCCGGAGGUGAACAAGUAAGGUUGAAGUUUUGUUUUCAGAAGAUUUUAGGACGUGGGACGUUUGGUUCCGUAAGUCGUAUACAGACAUCAGACGGGGAAAUUUUAGCCUUGAAGUCACAGGAUAUCGACCAAAAUUUCAUUUCGCGAGAACUCGAAGUUUUAAAGAUGAUGGACCAUCCGAAUAUCGUGCACCUCAAAUACUACUAUCUUGAAACUGGUGACGACGUUUUAAAGUUGCACCUCAUAAUGAACUACAUCCAAGAAACAUUGCAUCGCAUUCUCGUGCAAUUUCGAAAACGUGCCAAACUGAUCCCGCCGGUUUUUAUCAAGGUCAUCAUGCACCAGUUUCUUCGAGCCAUUAAAUAUCUGCACGUCCGAAACAUUGCUCACCGGGAUCUGAAGCCGUCGAACGUGCUCGUCAAUGUUGAAACGGGCCGAGUAAAAUUGUGCGAUUUCGGUUCUGCCAAAAAGCUCAACUCCAACGAGACGCAUAUCGCCUACAUAUGUACGAGGCACUAUAGAGCGCCCGAGCUAGUCAUGGGCUGCACGUCAUACACAACAAAGGUGGACAUUUGGUCAGCGGGGCUCAUUGUCGCAGAGAUGUUUUUGUUACAUCCGGUAUUCUGUGGAGAGUCGAACCUUGAUCAACUUACUGAAAUGAUCCGAAUGCUCGGCACGCCAACCAGGAAAGAGAUUAGGGCUCUUCAUCCGGCCUUUCCUUCUGGGCUGCCGAAGAAGGAGCCGCUCAGCUGGACAGAGAUUCUCGAGCACAAAGUCGAGCCGCAAGCGCUCAUCUUGAUUUCAAUGAUGGUCCGAUACAAUCCAACAGAAAGGCUCGAUGCUUGGGAAGCUCUGUCCUACAGCUUUUUCAAUGAGAUCCGCACGAACCGAUGCCGCCUACCCUCUGGCAGUUUUGCCACCCCGCUAAAUGACUUCACCCCGGAGGAGCUAACGUAUAUUCCGAGGAUAAAGGAACUAUUCGAUAGAUCCGAACCUAUCAAUAUCGCUUUCCAGCACACGAACCCUGUCGCGCAAGCAAAUUAGACACGUUGUGCACGUUCGAAGCCAUUGGUCCACCAAAGAUUUGCCGAUCGCCGCUGUGUUCGGCUCACUUAUGUUGCUUGUUAGCCGCAGUGGCCCAUAUUGUAAAUUGAAAUAGCAGAAAUGAUAUCGCCGAUAUAAACAAAUGAACCAUGGUUUUUUACCUGCUACACAAAUCAGACGGAAAGGUUUGCGUUCGCUUACAUGAAAAUAUACGUGACUGAAGUGUAGUUUUAUUCAUUAACGUUUCCAGCAUAUUGUGAUGAUGAAUGCUAAUUAAAGUAGAAAUAAAAUACUUGCAUUUGAACAAAGAACACCAGCUGUUUAGAAGCGACUGGG